ACUCAGUCAUCCACCAUGGUAUUGGGUCCUGAACAGAAGAUGCCAGAUGAUGAUGCUUCUGGAGACCAUGGGGACCCUGCCAGUCUUGGUACCCUCAACCCUGCCUAUAGUAACUCAUCUCUUUCCCAGUCCACUGGGCACUCACAGGAGCCCUUCACCACCUACUUUGAUGAGAAGAUUGCCAUUCCUGAAGAGGAGUAUUCUUGUUUUAGCUUUCGUAAACUCUGGGCUUUCACGGGACCGGGCUUUCUUAUGAGUAUUGCCUACUUGGAUCCAGGAAACAUCGAGUCUGAUUUGCAGUCUGGAGCGGUGGCUGGAUUUAAGUUGCUCUGGGUUCUUCUGUUGGCCACCAUGGUGGGGCUUCUACUCCAGCGCCUUGCAGCUAGACUGGGAGUGGUCACGGGGUUGCAUCUUGCUGAAGUGUGUCACCGUCAGUAUCCCAGGGUCCCACGAAUUAUCCUAUGGCUGAUGGUGGAGUUGGCUAUCAUUGGCUCAGAUAUGCAAGAAGUUAUUGGCUCAGCCAUUGCCAUCAAUCUCCUGUCUGUAGGAAGGGUUCCUCUGUGGGGUGGAGUUCUCAUCACCAUUGCAGAUACCUUUGUAUUUCUCUUUUUGGACAAGUACGGCUUACGGAAGCUAGAAGCAUUUUUUGGCUUUCUCAUCACUAUUAUGGCCCUCACAUUUGGAUAUGAGUAUGUUACAGUGAAACCCAGCCAGAGCCAGGUACUCAAGGGCAUGUUCCUGCCAUCCUGUCCAGGCUGUCACACCCCACAGAUCGAGCAGGCUGUGGGCAUCGUGGGAGCUGUCAUCAUGCCACACAAUAUGUACCUGCAUUCUGCCUUAGUCAAGUCCAGACAGGUAAACCGAGCCAAUAAGCAGGAGGUACGAGAAGCUAAUAAGUACUUUUUCAUUGAAUCCUGCAUUGCUCUCUUUGUUUCCUUCAUCAUCAACGUCUUUGUCGUCUCCGUCUUUGCCGAAGCAUUUUUUGAAAAAACCAACGACCAGGUGGUUGCAGUCUGUAGAAAUGCGAGCAGUCCCCACACCAGCCUCUUUCCUGACGAUAACUCGACACUGGCUGUGGACAUCUACAAAGGGGGUGUUGUACUGGGAUGUUACUUUGGGCCUGCUGCACUCUACAUCUGGGCAGUGGGGAUCCUGGCUGCAGGGCAGAGCUCUACCAUGACAGGAACCUAUUCUGGCCAGUUCGUCAUGGAGGGAUUCCUGAACCUAAAGUGGUCACGCUUUGCCCGAGUGAUUCUGACCCGCUCUAUUGCCAUCAUCCCCACUCUGCUUGUUGCCAUCUUCCAGGAUGUAGAGCAUCUAACAGGGAUGAAUGACUUCCUGAAUGUUCUGCAGAGCUUACAGCUUCCCUUUGCUCUCAUACCCAUCCUCACAUUUACGAGCUUGCGGCCAGUAAUGAGUGACUUUGCCAAUGGAAUAGGCUGGAGGAUUGCAGGCGGGAUCUUGGUCCUUAUCGUCUGUUCCAUCAACAUGUACUUUGUCAUGGUUUAUGUCCAGGAACUAGGGCAUGUGGCAUUGUAUGUGGUAGCUGCUGUGGUCAGUGUGGCUUAUCUGAGCUUUGUGUUAUACUUGGGUUGGCAAUGUUUGAUUGCACUGGGCAUGUCCUUCCUGGACUGUGGGCACACGUACCAUCUGGGACUGACAGCUCAGCCUGAACUCUACCUUCUGAACACCGUGGAUGCUGACUCACUUGUGUCUAGAUGA